CGGGCGGCUUUGACUCAUCCUGCAGAGCCGGCCCCGCGCGGAGGAGGCGGCGGCAGGACGGGAUGGCGGGGGACAGCGAGCAGCGGCUGGAGGAGCAGGGGCAGCCCAGCGGCAGCGAGCCCUUCCUCAUCGGGGUCAGCGGCGGCACGGCCAGCGGCAAGUCCUCGGUAUGCUCCAAGAUCGUCCAGCUGCUGGGCCAGAACGAGGUGGACUACCGCCAGAAGCAGGUGGUGAUCGUGAGUCAAGACAGCUUCUACCGGGUCCUUACCUCAGAGCAGAAAUCCAAAGCACUCAAAGGCCAGUUCAAUUUUGAUCACCCAGAUGCCUUUGACAACGAGCUGAUCGUGAAAACACUCAAAGAGAUCACAGAAGGGAAGACGGUCCAGAUUCCUGUCUAUGACUUUGUCUCCCACUCCAGGAAAGAGGAGACGGUGACUGUCUACCCUGCCGACGUGGUGCUCUUCGAAGGCAUCCUGGCCUUCUACAGCCAGGAGGUGCGGGAUCUCUUCCGCAUGAAACUCUUUGUGGACACGGACGCAGACACUCGGCUGUCCCGCAGAGUGCUACGAGACAUCAGUGAGCGAGGCAGGGACCUCGAGCAGAUCUUAUCUCAGUACAUCACCUUUGUCAAGCCAGCCUUUGAGGAGUUCUGUUUGCCAACCAAGAAGUAUGCUGAUGUGAUCAUCCCUAGAGGAGCAGAUAAUGAAGUGGCCAUCAACCUGAUAGUGCAGCACAUCCAGGAUAUUCUUAACGGAGGACUCAGCAAACGCCAGAGCAACGGCUACCUGAAUGGCUACACCCCUCCCCGCCAGCGGCAGCCCUCAGAGUCCAGCAGCCGGCCUCACUGACCCCGGGCAGCAGGCGUGGGGCUGGGAGUGGAGGGCACUCGGGCCCUGCCACUGCCCCUCUGUACAUACUGUCCCUUCACUCCCCUUAUCUAUUUAAGAAACCAGACGGAGACGAAUGCCUUUAAUUUUGUAUGUCGGAAAUGCCGAAUGAGUAGCAGCCAGCUGCUCGGGAGCCUGGACCGCCCACAGCUCCUGGCCUUGCUCAGUAACUCCUCCAUCACGGAAUCGGCUAUAAACCUCUAUAAAUAUAGAAUUGUUCUAUUUUUGUGUAAAUGCAGAAUAACGUAAAAUUACUUGCCAUAAGGUAUUUGCCAGGCUUGGUGUUGCUGGGAGGGGGGCUGGGAAGAGGCUCCUGGAAGAUGAUGAUGUCAGGAUCUUCAUCUCAAAGGCAGUAAGGAUGGAGAAGCAUUCGAUAGCUGCUUUAGUAUCGCAGUGAUCUCCGUCCUGGGGAAGGGAUGGGCUGUGGUGGAGGAGGUGACAGCUUGCGUAUGGCAUGGAUUUUGUGACUGGACUGGGUUUGUCGUCUCCCGCUGUUGCUUUUCAGGUCUGAGUAGCCUCGUUUUGGCUUGCAGGUGCUACACAAUGUCCCUGGGAGUUGGGAGAAUGAUGUAUAAUACCUCCCGUAAAUCUGCAUCUCCAGGUCUCAGUCCCUCAACAGAAUCCCCUUCCGUGUCCAACACUCCUUCCCACUACAGGGUCGGGUCUGCUGUCACACCCUCCAGCAGGGGCCUGGUAGGUGAUGCUGGUAUGUGAUCAUAUAAAGAAGGCAACUUAAGUCUUUAGCAGUCUUUCUGCCUGGCUUGGGUGGGGACAGGACAUGAAUACCUUCAGCCCCUCUGGAGCUUGUGGCCUUGUGUAAGGUAGGACACCUCGCUGAGCCUUGGGCUUAACCCAGAGCCUGAUGGCUGGAUUGCAGAAGGUCAGAGCGGUGUCUGUUAUUCCUCACUUGGAGUGGUUUUGCUCUUGGAUGGGGGAUUUUGGGUCUGCAAGAUGUGGUUAAGGGAGAACCAGCCUCUUCUGCAAGAAGGGGGAAUUGCUGAUGAAAGGCAGCUGCUGAGGAGCCUGUCUGAGGCAGAGCAACAAUGUGUAGUGAGCCCAUGACUGCCGAGCUGCCCUAUGUGGGACAUCCACAGCAUGAAACUGGGCACCCAGGAAUCCUUUGUUUCCCGUUUUGCAGCUAAUCUCUUGCCUGGCCUGUGUCCCUUUCAUUGCAUGCUGGUGGAGGACACUGCCCCUGCAGCAUGCUGUCGCCAGGGCUGCCCAGGGAGUGCCGUUCCUUGCCCAGGGUGAGAGUACUUCUUCCCCUAACCUGGUGGUGUUGGAACAGCCAUGUUCCAAGAAAACCUGGUGGGGCUUUACUGCAGGUCUGGGAUGCCUGGAGAGCAAGGAGGAGCAGCGGGGCUGAGGCAGGAGGUUGGUGGGAGCCGGGGAAGAGGAUGUGGCGGGAUGGCAGCCAGGAAAGAUCCUUUGGCCUGUGCCUCUGGGACUGAAUUAACCUGCUGAAAACAAACUUGCGUAAGCAUGCCACAAAGCCUGGAGCAGGGACCGUUAGUCUUGUUCUGUGAUGAUUUUCAGUCUUUCCAGAGCAUUGGUUUAGCUCUGCAUAGUUAAAAGCUAAAGACUUCAGACACUCAAUGCUCCAUUGCUCUCCAGCUCCAUGUGAGAUAAGACAAGCCUUGAUUUUUAGGAAAGAGAACACGAUGGGAAACCCCUCCCCUGGUGACAGCAGCUGGGGCAACUCAUUCGCUCUUGAUCUGUAGUGAGGGCACACAUCAGCCAUUUCUCCGCCUCCUUGUUGGCAGACACACCCUGAGACAUGCUGGCUUUGCCAUAAUCAAGGUCUGGCACUGGCUAGUUCUAGAUACAGCCCUGGGCAAGUGGGACCAAAGCCUUGCAGAACUGGUGAGGCUUCUUGGAGCUUAAGCAGCCAAGAUAGCUCUCAAGAUGAAAUACUGACCUCUCCCCUGUGAAUACAGACAGAAAAAAUGGAUGCUGGUGUUUCAUGUGUCCCAUUCGGUUCUGUGUGUUGCUGGCUGCAACCUCAGUGUGGAAGCACACUUGGCCAACACUGUUCUAGUUCUGCAAGUCCUGUAAGCCAAGCUCCUAGCACAGACUGCUUUGGUGAAGAAGGCGCUGAAUGCAGUGCCUCUGGCUUUUGGCUGGCCAGACAGCUCUCAGUAAGUGCAGGUGCACAGAUGGCUUGAGGUGCUUUUGUGAAACCCCUCCAUGCUCUCAGGACAGCAGAGAGAUGGACAAGUUCUUCCCAGUAAGUAUCCUGAACAGAUGACAGUCAAGGGAAUUUCAUUGAAAGACCUUAGAGGCAGAGUGGCAUUAGCACUAACAGGGUAUUGGGCAAGGGUGAGACUGCUUUUAGCAAAAGGGUACAUUACUUUAUUGUGGCAUAGAUUCACGAAGGGGGAGUCCUCAGAUCAUAGAAUGCUUUGGGUUGAAAGGGACCUUAAAGAUCAUACAGUUCCAACCUCCCCGCAUGACACAUCCCACUAGCAGUCAUGCUUAAACAAGCUGAUAACCCUCUAUGAUGAAGCUGCUGGCUUGGUACACGAGGGAAGAGCAGUGUGUUGUCUACCAUGACUUCUGUCAGGCUUUUGAUACAGUCUCCACUAAGAUCCUUACAGCAAAGCUGAUGUAUGGACUGGUUAAGCAGACUGUGAGACAGACUGAAAACUGGCUGAACAGCUGUUCUCAAGAGAGUGGUCAUCAGUGGUAUAAAAUCUGUUUGAAGACCAGUAACUGGUGGUGUAGGCCAAGGGUCAAUACGCAUUCCAAUCCUGUUCAACCUCUUCAUUGACGAUACAGAUGAUGAAGCAGAGGGUAUCCUCAGGAAGCUGCCUGAUGAUGCAAAACUGGGAGGAGCAGCUGGUACAGCAGAGGGUUGUGCUGCCAUUCAGAGGCUGGAGAAAUGGGCUGAUGGAAACCUUUUGAUAUUCAGCAAGGAGGAGUGCAAAGUCUUUCCCCUGAGAAAGACCAAUCACAUGGACCAAUACAUGCUGGGUGCCACCAAUGUGAAAAGCAGCUCUGCAGAAAAGCCCUUGAAGGUCCUGGUUAACCAUAAGCCAGCAAUGUGCCCUUGCAACAAAGAGGGCUAAUGGUAUCCUGGGCUGUGUUAGGGGGGUAUUGGCAGCAGGUCAAGGGAGGUGAUCAUAGUUCAUUAGAAAAGGCCUUUGAGAUCAUUGAGUCCAACCGUAUCUGUCCUCUACUAAACCAGAUCACUGAGCAACUCAUCUACCCGUCUUUUAAAUUGACCACAUCCCUGGGCAACCUCUUGCAGCGCCUGAGAACCCUUUCGGUGAAGAGAUUUUCCCUGAUGUUUAAUCUCAACCUCUCCUGGCAUAACUUCAGACCAUUCUCUCUCAUCCUAGCGCUUUUUACUUGCAAGAAGAGACCAACACCCACUUCAUUACAACCUCCUUUAAGGAAGUUGUAGACAGUGAUAAGGUUUCUCCUCAGCCUCCUCUUCUCCAGGCUAAACAACCCCAGUUCUCUCAGCCACUCCUCAUCAGGCUUGUUCUCCAGCCCCUUCACCAGCUCUGUUGCCCUUCUCUGAUCCUUCCCCUCUGCUCAGGUGAGGUCACACCUGAGUACUGUGUCCAGUUCUGGGUUUCCCAAUACAAGAGAGAGAGAUAGAGGUGCUGUUGAGAGUCCAAUGAAGGAUCAUGAAAAUGAUGAAGGGACUAGAGUAUCUCUCCUAUGAGAAAACACUGAGAGAGCUGGGACUGUUCAGACUGGAGAGAACAAGGCAAAAGGGGAUUCUCAUUAACAUAUAUAAAUACCAGAAGGAAGGGCAAAAAGAGGAGAGAGACAGUGACAGGACAUGAAGCAAUAGGAACAAACUGAAAGACAGGUGAUUCCCUCUGAACACAGGAAACACUUCAUUGCUGUGAGGGUAACUGAGCACUGGCACAGGUUCUCCAGAGAUGGAGUUUCCAUCCUUGGAGAUACCCAAAAGAAGUCUAGACACAGUACUGAGCAAUAGGGCCUAGGCAGCCCCACCUGAGCAGGAAGGGUUGGACGAAAGGACCUUCAGAGGGAUGAAAUCUCUGAGCAUCAUAGGGGAAUAAAGCUGAGGACGGCACCAACACGUCUCCCUGAGGUUCCUCAAAAGGCUGUCUUUCUCCUCUGACCACCUGGUUACUGUCCAGCUGUCCCAUCAGAGAAUCACAUACAUGCCUGCACCGCAAGGGUUGUCAGUCCAACACGCCAUGGCCACCGCUGAUGGUCUUUCCCCCUGUCCAGCCAGACAGGGGAGCAGGAUGAAGCUGCUGGUGACAUUUGUGUGUCUGUGAGCACCGCACCUGUCCAUCUGGGUUGCUCUGGGUAAACACACACGUUAUGGCAUCAUGACAACGGCCAGCCACCAGGGCAAAAUGCAGUUGCAUGAUGUGACCUUGCAUCUGGAACAGAGACAGGGCUUCCUAGGGCUAGUGGCACGUGUGGCUGCAAGUAGAGGCAGGGCUUACACAGGUGCUGGCAGGAAUGGCACCUGUCCCAUCUUGACCGUGACAACAGUUGUACUUCCAGUACUGUCACCAGAAUCUCCUGGCCUUCACCCAACAGCACAGGAGGUGAAAUGCCAGGCACCGCUCAGGAAACCUGGGGCCAUCUCCAGAUUUCUGUGCCCAGAUUUGCUAGGUCGGUUAUGAGCCCUUUAUACCGCCUCCCAUGCAGAAUCGGAUCCAUCUGUGAUGAGCUGCAAAGGACAAUGCUGCUGGGCCAUUCGGUGGCCGUGCUCUCCGUUUCAAUGGUCAGUUGCUUCAGGCUCUCUGGGAUGACUCCCAUCCUGACCAUGACUCAGCUGUGGGGGCUGUGAAGGCCAGUGCUACUGGGACAUCCAGAAAGCGGGCAUCAGAGCUUCUCCUUUCAGUCUUCAGCAUGAGCUUUUGUCACGUAAGUGUCCCAACAGUCAUGGAUUUGUAUGCUGACUUGGAGCCAGCUGCGGUGGCUGUAAAGACGGAGGUCGCUUUUGAGCAGAGACACCAUGCAGAGAAAGAUGGUGUUGAAGAGAAGCGAGAUGAGCUUCAUUAUGGUUUCUCUCUCAGGAACGACUCCCAUCGAGACCUGAUCCAGCUGUGGGGGCUGUGAAGGCAGUGCUGCUUGGCCUUUCAGUGAAGUGCCCGUUGGCAUCCACAGGCAGCUCCUUCCAGUCUGCAGAGAGGAUUUCUGCCUUUAGGGCGACCCAGCUGGCAUCUCGUGGAGAUAUGGACAUCUCCUGGCAAGCUCCUGACUGGCUCUCUGGAGAGAUUGCCACCCUGACCCUGAGCCAGUGCUGGGGGCUGCAGAGGCCAGUGCUGCCGGGCCAGUUCGUGGCAACUGGUGGUUGGUUUGGGCUCUCCACAGUGACUCCCAUUCUGACCCUGACCCGGCUUUGGGGCCUGCGGAGGCCAGUGCUACCGGGCCAUUUGGAAAAUGGGCUCUUGGCAUCAAAGGGCGUCUCUUUUCUGGAUGGCCUUGUGUCGUGCGUGUGAUCCAGUGCCCUCGGGUUUGUGUCUGGAGCCUGUCCCAGUAGCCGUGGAUUUUUAUUGUGACUCGGACCCAGUUGCGGUGGCUGUAAAGACGGAUGUCACUGUUGAGCAGAGACAGCGUGCAGUGAAAGAUGGUGCUGAAGAGAAGUGGAGUGACCCUCAUCGUAGUCUUUGUUGAGGGAAAAAGUCUCAGUGCACGAGCUGGUGUGGGCUGCCACCUGUGCAGAGGUCAGGCAGUGAUCAGCACACCAAGUGACAAAGAAAUGAUCAUCCUGACCCAGCUGUGGGGGCUGUGAAGGCAGUGCUGCUUGGCCAUUCAACGAACCAGCCCUCAGCAUCAACAGGCUGCUCCUUUUUGCCUUCAGAGAGGAAUUCUGUGGCGUAUUAACAUGCACGGACUCAGCUUUCCUUUCAAGCUAAGACCAAGUUUAUUGUUACAAGCUUGUAUUUAUGCCUUACAAAAACUGUCAACACUGGUCCCACAAGUUCUUCAUAAAAAUUUCCACAGCACGUUCUUCUCCUUCCAAGCUCCUCGUGACCACUGUUACGGUUUUCAUGCCUUCUUGGUGUUGCCACUGAUGCUGAUUAUUCUCAGGCCGGCGGCUCGCUUGGUAUCAAAUGCUCUGCACUAAUGCUCCAGAGGCCCAACAACACUCGUGGCUAUUUCUUGCUCACUGUCUCUUCUGACAGCUCCCCCUUUUUUGUUUUUGUGAACUACUAAUAUUUAUCUUAACACACUAUCAAUCCAGCUUUGCAAUAAUUUGAUUAAGCAAGGCACACAAAUCAAUAUGCUACAAAAAAAACCCAAGUAAAAUCAUAAAACCUAUCAUGACUAAUUUUAUAAUCUGAAGUCCAAAUCCAACAAAAAGUCCUGCAAAUGUAUUCCGUUCAUUCUAUAUUUGCAACUUUUCUGUUAAAUCUUCUGAGGUGUUAAUACUUCUAUGUAUAAUUUCUGGAUGAUCUGAUAAAUUAAUCAAAAGACUAGAUAAAGCUGCGAUGUGGCAUUUAUUUGAUGACGGUGAAACAAAGUGUGGUAUAAAGUCAGAGAAACAUUUGGAGUUAAUAAUGUAGAUUUGCCUAAUGCACAUGGGCCUCCUGAAAUAUGAGAAGGAAUACCUGCCCAUGCUCUAUCUCCUCAAAUAAAAUACAGCUCUCUCAGUAAUUGCAGGGAGAUGUUGUUGGAUUUGGAUAUAGAAUCAUAGACUCAUAGAAUCACUACGUUGGAAAAGACCCACUGGAUCAUCGAGUCCAACCAUAUAUAUUUGCAAACAUGUAAUUGCAUCAUAUCAAAUAAUUUCUACACGCACUAAGUAAGGAAUUAACAUUUUGUAUAAGCGUUACAUUUUUGCCUAUAAUAAUAAAUAUUUACUAAAAUCUGCCUACUUUUAUGACAGCUAAUAAAGAACAUCAUCUAUCAGCAAAGCUACUAAGCAGGUGCUAAAUGGAUUGGUUAGUGUUGCUACCGAUAAACACAAUGACUCUUGCCCUGCCGCAUUGGCUAGGGUUACCCAGGUGGUUUUGGAUUGUGCGGGCAUCCAUGGAAUGAUGGUUGCACAACACAAAAUUCCCACAAUUAUUGCAGUGCAGAUCGUACACAUCUUGCUGCCAUCCAUUGUGGUCCACCAUCUGUAGAGACACAGGCAUACCCUCGCCCCCACGUUAUUAACGGCCACGGACCUUCCCAUUGUCUCAUUUCUAAGUUACGUAUCAUCACUUUAGCUCUACUCACGUUAUCAUUUGAUAAAAUGUCGCUCUAUCCCGGGAAUAUUGUCUUGGCAACGAUUUAAAAAGUUUAAAACAUACAUAACUUUUAACAGUCUCUCUUGAGGGGCGUAUCCCAUGCUCCCCCUUUUUUGUUUUAACAACAUAUUUUUAACGUACCACGAGCUCAUUCGACUAUGGCUUGCCCUGUCGCUGAGUGAGGGAUGCCUGUGACAUGACCCCAUUGCUAAAAAAAGGAUUUUGUUAUAAACAUAUCCCGGUCCAUUGUCUGUUUUUUUUACUGGGUUUGGCUCCCCCAAAAUAGCAAUUGCAUAUGAUAAAUGGGGUUUUUUUUUACACCUUUUGCUCGUUCUCCCGUGUGUGCGGAAGCAACAAUGCAGGUAGAAAAGGUGUCAGUCGACACAUGUACAUAUUUUAGACGUCCAGACUCGGGGAUGUGUGUUACAUCAGUUUGCCAUAUUACAAGUGGACCUAAUCCACGGGAAUUUACACCGUCAAAAGCAGUGUUUGGGAUUAGCUGACAAUCAGGGCACAUUUGUACAAUUUGUCGAGCUUGCUCGUGAGUUAACUGAAACAUUUUCCUAAGGGCUGUACUACCUUGGUGAUAAAAAUCAUGCGACCUAUGCGUUUGUUGUCAUGUAGCUGGAAUGAUGACAGGGGCUGCCAGAGCAUCAGCUCGGCGAUUGCCUUCACCCAAAUAUCCUGGUAAAUUUGCAGGAGAACGUACAUGCAUUAUCAAAUAAGGUUCCUGUCGAUUGUCAAACAGGUAUUUCAAUUCCUUUAAACAAGCAUAUAACCGUCUGUAAGACCGGUAAAACAUUAUUCUCUGUUGCUCCGUGAGUGUCAUACUCUGCAGGUUAACGUCGGUCCUGAUUUUUGCAGUUUCUGCGUGCAUAGAUGGAAGCACGGGCUGGUCAGUCGGGCCAAAGCCUCCUUCUCCCCGUAUGCGAUUUGCUGCAUGGGGUACAACUGCUUGAAGACAAAUCAGCUGAGCAAUUCUAGUGCCCUUCGGUAUAAAGCAAGGAGGCAGAGGCGCCCAAGCCAUUACUUGUGUCGUUCCCGAAAACUCGGCAUCAAUCAAUCCCGGUGAAACAAACAAUCCUUGCUUUGUGACAGACGAUCGUCCAAUUAACAGUGCUCUAAGUCCAUUUCCUAAGGGGCCCUUAACGGCCGCAGGGAUGAGCCGAACCGCAGCGUGACGGGUCUCUGUUCUUUCAAGGCACUAAAACUCGCCGAUCGUUGCAGCCCUUCCGCUGCUUCUCCAGCUCGGGCUACAGCCUCACUAGACUCGCCCUCGCCCGGGAAAGCGGGAGCCCCGCGCGCCGCCAGCGUCUCUCCUGGAGGCGCCGCCGAUGCUCCGGGGCUGCUCCAGCCGCGCUGCGGGCGGGCCCGGCGGCUGCCCCACCUCAGCCGGGCGGCUUGGCGGCGGAGCACUCAGUCCGUUCUCUUUUACAGCUUUUCGAAUCUCGCUUAUUAUCGCUUCAUAAGCAAUGGGUUCCCCUGCACGCAUGGUAGGAAAAGCUUUCAGCGCUCCAACCUCCCCCCACAGCUGCGCUGCCCUCCUCCCCGGCGCCCAUCUGCCUGAGGGACGGGGCGGAAGCAGUUCCACCUCUUACUCGGGGGCUGUCGGAGGCGGAUCAAAGGGGUUGUCGGCCUCCCCUUCGGGGGGUGCAGAGGCGAGCGCCGCCCCUGUAGGGCUUGGGGGGUUAGUGCAGCUCUUGAACUCGGUGUC